AUGGUUAUUAAAAAAAUGAGUCCAAACUGUUUUGAGACGACAACUGCAAGGACACAUAACGAUAUGACAUCAUCAUCAUCAGCUACUCAAUCAUCAACGACGAUAUCGUCAUCACCGUCAUCAAGCUCAUCUAUUCCACUUGUACCAUCAUCAUCUCUACAUAAUAAUCAUCACACAGGUGGUCAUAUAACAUGUGUUAUCAUUGGUGAUUGCGGUGUCGGUAAAUCUUCAUUAGUUGUAAGUUAUACAACAAAUGAUUUUCCAACGCAAUAUGUACCAACUGCAUUCGAUAAUUAUUCUGUCGACGUGUCGGUUGGCACACGACUUGUUCAUUUCGACAUUUGCGAUACAGGAGGAAAGGAACAAUUCUCACCUUUACAUGGCCUUUGUAUUCCAUACAGUGAUGUUAUUCUAUUAUGCUUUAGUGUCGUUAAUCCUUCAUCAUUUCAAAAUGCAAUCACAUAUUGGCUGUCGCGUGCACGUCGUUCCAAUUCGAAAAUUCCAAUCAUACUUGUCGGUACACAAAUGGAUCUUCGAUCAGAUUUACAAACGUUGUUAACACUCGAUCAACAAAAACUUAAACCGGUGACUGAGAAAGAAGCACGUGCACGUGCACAAGAAAUGCACGCUUGUAGUUAUAUUGAAUGUUCAGCAUUAACAGAAAAGAAUCUUAAAACUGUAUUCGACACUGCUGUGCUAACAGCGAUUGAAUUUCGUGAUGCAAAUACGACACUACCGGCUUCGACGGCAUCCAUUGUACCUUUACUUGAACAACAAAAACAAGAACAAACAUCAGCCAAGCCGUCUCGAUCCCGUCAUCAUCAUCAUCAUUCAACCAAAACUUGGAGAAAAUUGGUCUCGGGUUGUAUAGGUGUCUGA